GUUUUGUUGACUGCCGAUCGAACACUGGUUAUCGUGAUCGUGUGUGGAUCCGUUCAUUACUUUUUCUCCGUCACUAGCACAAAAAAGGACCAACCAUGGGUCAAAGUGUAGUAUUUAGGAGGCGACUGUCUUACAACACCAAAAGUAACAGGAGGCAUAUGGUACGCACUCCUGGUGGACGGUUAGUAUAUCAAUACUUGAAGAAGCCAAAGCGUGUACCCAAGUGCGGUAACUGUAAAAUCAAGUUACACGGUAUCAAGCCGGCUAGGGCCAUUGAGAAGAGUCGUAUGUGCAAGCGUAAGAAGUCUGUAAAACGAGCAUACGGAGGAGUUUUAUGUCAUAGCUGUGUCCGUGAAAAGAUCCUCAGAGCGUUUUUGGUUGAAGAACAGAAAAUUGUUGUUAAAGUUUUACGAUCCCAGAAGAGUUCAACUAAAACCAAGUUGAAAACCUCUAAAUGAGUAGUUUUACUUAAUCAAUUUUCAAAAUAAAUGUUAAUUUUAUAACAGACAA